AUGGCGAUACCACCUUCUUCUCUGGGCUCGCUUGGAAAGCUCCCAGCAGAACUCCGGCUACCCAUUUGGGCGGAUGUCAUAUCGUCGCGACAGCCUGCAGUCCUACGAGCAAGCCGUGCCAUCUACGAAGAAAUCGUGCAUGAGCUCAAUGAUGUCCUUGAAUACACCCUCUUUCCUGAUUACAAACGCCCAUGGCUCAGGCUACAUUCUCCUCGGACAGGAUUGACAUUGGACAUCACCAGACGCGAUGGAAAGAAGAUACGAAAGAGGCUUUGGCAACUUCCAUACAAUAACACUGUCCUGUCCAUACAUCUUAUGGCGCCAAACCCCAAGAAGCCAGGCGAGAUCGCUUUGCUAUGGCAGAAGGCACACGAUCUCGUGGGCAUACUGAACCGUGCAAAAUACCACAGGGCGCAUGUCGUGCUCGUGUUUCGGGAGACUGAAGGACGCUUCUGGCAAAAGGACAACACACCCACCGAGAGUAUACAACAUCCGGGUGAUCCACGACCGGAUUAUUUCAUCGCAUUUCUGCCGUUCUGUCGUCUGAGCAGAGUAAGAAAGAUCGAAGUGGUGAGAGUAACACCAGAGGGCCAGAGAGUCCCGAUUCGUUGGCGUUUUGUCAAGUACGGAUGUGACUUCAUCAUGAAUGACGGCUACAAAAACUAUAAUGAUUCAGACUACAGCCGAAAACCGAAAUACCAACGCAUCGCUCGAGCCUUUGACGAUGUUGAUCGGAUGCUGGCCGGAACUGACUUCUUCCUGGAUACGGCGUUAGACUUACUCCCUGGACACACGGCCGCCAUGCUCCGGCUUGACCGAUUUGCGCGCUGGUUCACGACAAGUGACCCAGAUGACUCGCCAUACCAACGGCGGUGUCUCCUGACUAUCCGAGAAUAUCCCCACGUGGUUGAUACCUAUGAUCCGCGGCUUCGGAGGAUGGCUGAAAGACGUGAUGCCUUCGAGGUUUUCUAUUUUGCUGUCGCUGGUGCCAAAAACAGCAUCGCUGUCCGGUGCAAUCGAAAAGAUUGGUAUACCGCAUAUCCCAAUGGGAUUGACAUCCUCACCCGCGAGCGAAUUAACUCAGAAAAAAGCCGCGUCCUCCCUCGAAAGAGAUGCUGGAUUCAGAACGGGAUGCUGGUAUUGUGA